GGUAGCUUUGAAGAAUAAAGUGAGAUGCUUUAUAUAGAAGACAUUUCAAAACCUCUACUUUCUACCAAAAUUCAAAUAAGAAAUGCAAAUUAUUGCAGUACCUUUGCCUUUACAACCUUUGUUUUUAUUCCCUACAGAAAUGUCCUGUCCAUCCUACCUUGUGCCAAACAUUUCCAGCAGCCCUGUCACGAUGCAGAGCAACAGAACUUGUCCUGAUCCUGUUAUAACGUUUAAAUAUAGCUUGUAUGCAACCACUUACACCAUCAUAUUCAUACCCGGGCUUCUGGCAAACAGUGCUGCCUUGUGGGUUUUAUGUCGCUUCAUCAGCAAGAAGAACAAAGCUGUGAUUUUCAUGAUCAAUCUGGCCAUGGCCGACCUGGCUCACGUUCUCUCACUGCCACUGCGAAUAUACUACUAUACUAACCACACAUGGCCUUUUGGGAGGUUCCUUUGCUUACUGUGUUUCUACCUGAAGUAUCUCAACAUGUACGCGAGCAUUUGCUUCCUCACCUGCAUCAGCAUCCAGAGGUACCUCUUCCUGUACCAGCCAUUCAAAGCUAAGGACUGGAAGCGGCGGUACGACCUGGCCAUCAGCGCCGUGGUGUGGCUGUUCGUGGGGGCAGCUUGCUCACCGUUUCCCAUCAUGCGAAACUACGGCCUAGCCAACAGUACAAAUACCUGCUUUGCAGACCUCGAAGUCCGGCAGAUCAACAGCAAGGUGGCCACGGUGCUGAUGACAACGACAGCGGAGCUAUUUGGGUUCGUGGGCCCUCUUGUUAUUAUUUUAUUCUGCACUUUGAAAACAAAAGAUUCCCUUCGGGGAUUCCAGAUACCGCUGCAAAACAGCAGCGAGAGGCAGAAAGCUUUACGGAUGGUUUCCAUGUGCGCCAUUGUGUUCUUUGUGUGUUUUGCACCGUACCACAUCAACUUCUUUUUCUACAUGAUGGUGAAAGAAAAUGUUAUUACAGACUGUUCCUUACGUACAAUCACUCUUUACACACAACCCUUUUGCUUAAGUCUUGCAAGUCUGGACUGCUGUUUGGAUCCAAUCCUGUAUUUCUUCAUGACUUCAGACUUUCAGGAUCAGAUAUCAAGGCAUAGCAGCAUGGUCAUCAGGAGUCGGCUCAUGAGCAAAGAAAGCGCCUCAUCAAUUAAGGAAUGAAAAGAAGGCUUGAAAAAUUAACAAAGUAUUUUGUAUGAAAUCUAGGACUGUUCUGUUAUGUUCACUUACCAACCGUUAAGGAAGAUCCUGCAAGUUUGCUUUUUCAGAGGAGUUUUGCGGCAGUGGAAAUCUUUUGAUUUACACAAAGUAAGAAGGAAAAAAGUAAAAGCGUGUUAGUAGCUGCUGAGUGACCCAGCUGGUGUGACUGCACCUGCUGACGUGAUGCCCACGCCUGACCCGACCGGACCGCAAAAGUGCAGACGGGAGCAGAGAGGCUUUCGCUGGGACACAGCGGAAAUGUCCCAGCAGCCUUUUUGUAUUUUUCCAACUUUAGUAGUUUUCUGGCCAAGCCGAAGAUAAUCAUACGCUGACAUCCACCAAAGUGUCUUCUCAAUUAAAAAUAUGCAGUGCAUACGAGAAGCUGAAAAUGGCCAAUAACACUCAGUGACUGUUUCAGGUCUCUACGCUCAGGCACACGGCACGUGAAAGGUUCACAGCUUGCUUCAGCACGGCAGCCUCAGGGUGCUGACUUUAAGUACACCCUGCGAGUCACAACACUUGCAUUUGUUUUGUUCUCUUUGUAUUUCUCCCUUCCUGUCUCGUUCAUCAUGUGUUUCCUCUCACUCAGCUCUAAGCUUGCUCUCCACUGCUGACCCAGCCUGCAAUUGCAACUACAGCCACCACCAUGGCAAGUGCCCCGCGCUGC